UCCACUUUCCUUCUUGCAACAGAUAAGACACUUACUUCAUCCUGCUCCGAGAACUACAGCAAUGACGUUAUUUCCAGCAUUGCUUUUCCUAGCUGUGGGGCUGCUUCCCUCCUCUCCUACAAAUGGAUAUGAGGAUUCAAAGUUUGCUACUUUGUUAACCAACCAUACCCAAGUGCAAAGAGAGAUUGUAAAUACACACAAUAAACUCAGGAAAUCAGUCUCUCCACCUGCCAGCAACAUGCUAAAGAUGGAAUGGAGUAAUGAGGCCGCAGCAAAUGCCCAAAAGUGGGCAAACCAGUGCAGUCAAAAACACAGCAGCCGAGAAUUUCGAAGAACCAGCAAGGAUCUAAAGUGUGGUGAGAAUCUCUUUAUGGCAACCACUGCAACUCCAUGGUCACAAGCAAUCCAAAGAUGGUAUGAUGAGGAACGUGACUUUAUCUUUGAAGUAGGGCCGAAGACUCCCCAUGCAGUGGUUGGACAUUAUACUCAGGUUGUCUGGUACUCUUCUUACCUCGUUGGAUGUGGCUAUGCCUACUGUCCCAGACAAGCCCUAAAGCACUAUUUUGUUUGCCAAUAUUGUCCUGCUGGAAAUUUUCUUAGCAGAAUAUAUAUCCCUUACGAUAAAGGACAACCUUGUGCCAGUUGCCCAGGACACUGUGACGAUGGCCUAUGCACCAAUCGUUGUGGACAUGAAGAUAACUAUAGUAACUGCAAACAGCUGAAGAGCUCGUUUGGCUGUAGCCAGGAAUUUAUCAAGAAAGGUUGCAAGGCCACCUGCAACUGUGAAGGCAAAAUUUAUUAAAUGCUCAAUACACAGCGAACAGGGCUAUUUGGAGAAAAGCUACAUCAUCUACUUAGAGUUGACAUCUACUUAUUUUUAACAUACACUGGGAGGGAAAUUGUAGGUAUGUGAGCUACAGAUUUGAUUCCAAGCAGUCAUGAAUCUUUUUCUUUGGGAUCUGCCUUUUAUUUUACAAAAUCUCUUUUACACAAAGAGUUAAAAGUAAUAAAAGUUAUGGAAAUAACUUUGAUUUUUUUAUGUAAAUUUUACAAUUUAACUUCAAUGAUUUAAUUAAGUUGAAGAUUCUGAAAGUUGUAUUCUCAUUUACCUAGCCCCCUAAAGCCCUAGAUUGAAAGUGAUAAUCAUGUUCCUAGGAUGAGAUGUAUAAAAAGAACAGAAUGUAAUAUUAUUUUCACAUAAAUUCUGGGUUAUAGUCAUUUUUUUGAGCUUCACUGUCCAUCUAAACAUUUUCAAAGUGUUUGCAUAUGCCAGCAUUGUUUCUCUUUGCCCACUCACCCUUCGUCCACUCAUCCAAUUUCCAUCCUCACAAUUAAAUUAAAACUCUUCUUCCUAAGAAAAUUCUCACUUUUAUUUUGUCAA